AUGGCACGCCGACCUCCGAGUCCUUCCAUCAGACGUGUUGUGUACAGAAAUGGCAGUAGCGAGUGGACCAUGCAGUUGGCUGUUUCGGUACUCGGCAAAUCGAUAAUCUAUGUGCUUUCAUAUGCACUGGUGAAAUGGGUGCAGCUCUAUGGCUGUCCAAAGCUGUUCAAAGGCGGCGACGUAGUGGACAACAUCACCGUCAACGACAUCGUCAGCUCAACCACCUUCGCCAUACUUCACCUCCCAGAUGAGCUCAUCCAAUGA